AUGCCGUCUGGUCCUGCUUCGUCUGCACUAGAGAUCCUCCGCCACCAGCCUUCAGCCAAGCCGCAAAUGGUGGAUCUAAAGAGAGUGCUAUCCUUCCCCCCAUACCCCGGGGAUUACCUACAUCCAGUGGUGUAUGCCUGCACCGCAGUUAUGCUGCUCUGUCUGCUUGUCUCCAUCAUGACUUACAUUGUCCACCACAGUGUGAUCCGAAUCAGCAGGAAUGGCUGGCACACACUCCUCAACUUCCUCUUUCACACGGGACUGACAUUUGGCAUUUUCGCUGGUGGAAUCAAUCAAAUCAACUUACCUUUUGUGUGUCAGAUUGUUGGCAUUGUGCUCCACUAUGCUUCUUUGUCUACCAUGCUGUGGCUGACCUUCACUGCUAGAAACAUCUGUAAAGACGUUUCCAAAGACCCACUUCAGGUACAGGAGAGGAAUAGGGCUUCCCAGACUCGUACCAAACCAGCCAUCCUCAGAUUUUAUCUUGUAAGUGAUGGAAUCCCUAUCAUAAUAGUUGGAGUUACAGCAGCAUUUGGUAUGGAUAACUAUGGCAGCAGAGAUGAUGCUCUGUAUUGCUGGAUGGCAUGGGAACCAAGUCUGGGUGGUUUCUAUGCUCCCAUGAGUCUUCUGGUCUUAGUCAUGUGUGUGUACUUCUUGUGGACUUAUGUCCAGCUGAAGCGCCACCCAGAAAGGAAGUAUGAGCUGCGGGUUUUAAGUGAAGAGCAGCAACAGCUGUCAUCAAAUGAGUCGAACCAUCACUGCCACACUGACACUGGGCCUGCUGGGGACUGCCAGCCCUUUGCUGCGGGCGUGUCAGUUCUGGCCAAUGAGCACUCUUUUAAAUCCCAACUCCGGGCCACAGUCUUCACCCUCUUCCUGUUCCUGGCUACCUGGGCUUUGGGAGCAUUGGCUGUUUCAUUGGGACAUUUCCUGGACAUGAUAUUCAGUUGUCUCUAUGGUGCUUUUUGCGUCACUCUGGGACUCUUCCUUCUCAUCCAGCACUGUGCUAAGCGUGAUGACGUGUGGCACCGUUGGUGGGCUUGUUGCCCAUCCAGAUUAAAGACAGAGGAUGGGCCUGGGGAAGGACAGAGCCAGAGGCAGGAACUCCAUCAGCCACACUGCCAUUUGAAUUCCCCACUCGCAGUGAAGCAGCAGAUGCUUUCGCCUUACCCUAUUCAGAGUUCUCAUCACAGAACAACACCACCUCCCCAAAGCCCAACAUUAAAUCACACAGGUCCAUGCUGUGUGGCUGUAAUGACUCCUGUUAGCCCUUCCCCCAUCUCACCUCGUGCUGACCAAAUGCCUUCACCACGUCCACAGUCACUUCCCGAUGAGGUCCCUCAUCCAACUCUUCCCCUGCAGAGUUGCAUUGCUGAUAGAACAAAGACAUGCUCUUUCAACCGUCCACGCCAAUGCUUCCAGGAUUACCGGUCUCACAUCACUUCCACCAGUAUGGAUGGGAGUGUGCACAGCACUCACCUGGACAGUCCUCAUAAUGUGCACCACAUUGAAGCCUCACCACUGGUUUCUAAUAGUCCACACCCAGAUCUCCAGCUUCCGUAUGUCAGCCCUCAUUUAAAUAGCCAACUUGUAGUUUCCUCUCACAGCUUGGAACGCCAGACCUCCUGCCACAGCGUGCAAGACUCGGUUGCUUCCUGUCACAGUCAUGCCUAUAACAUGCAUGACAGUAUCUCUUCCUGCCACAGCCUCCUUAUGCCUUCUCAUGGGGUCGACACCAGCCAGUGGCAUAUGUACUGCUCAGUCGAUGACUCUUCCAGCACAAACUGUUGUGAGAGAGCUGAUCCCUUCACCUUGCAGUAUGAACAAGAUCCUGACAAUUUGAGCUGGAUGUCAAAGACGGCAGACAAAGAAAAGGUCUGUCUAGAGCUGGAACAGAAAGGUUUCCCAAGGAAUACCCUACCUCGGCAGCAUGGCACUGUGAACCGACGAGGACCCAUUGGUCGAAACAGGAGUCUGCAGGAAGAUAGUCUGUUUGGUUCAGAUGCCACAGGAAACAUACGGACAGGCCCCUGGAAGAAUGAAACCACCGUAUAG